CCAUAAAAGCUUUUCCUGUCACGCAGCCUUUCACACGCUCAUGUGCUGCCACAGCCUGCUGCACCCUCACACAGAGCACACACACACACACACACACACACACACAGGAGCCUGUCUCAGAGGCAACAUGGAGAGGGAGGGGAUGCUGGUCCGGUCUAUUUACUACGGGAGAAUUGGAAGCGAGGCCACAGAGAGGCUGCUGGAGAGGUUUGGACACGAUGGCAGCUUUCUGCUGAGAGACAGCGAGACGGUGCAGGGGGCCUACUGUCUGUGUGUGAGGAGAGCUCCAUAUGUGCACACAUACAGACUUGUACGCUCCGCUGACGGCUGGUGUCUUCAGGAUUCAGGAGUCAGAUGUUUUAGGACUCUGGAAAGGCUGAUAGAGUGCUACAGGAGGGGUGCAGCCCGUGAUGUCAGUAUCGCUCCUCUCACAGACCCACUGGACAAAACACAGCUACAAUACACCGGCUUUGAACAAGAUUUUAUCUACAUGGAAACGUGUAACAGCAGCAGCAGCUCGGUCUAUUGAGGACCUGUGUUUAGCGCCAUUAAAUCAGGUGGAAGUGGAAAAACAAGGUAGCAGAAAUGUGCAGAAUGUUGCGCAGGAAGGACAUGUGUACUGUGGUUUUUUUCUGGGUUAUUUUGAUCUUUUUGUGUCGUUUAUUACCAGUUAAAAAAAAAAAAAACUUGACAUAAGGUGUCAUUUUUGACAAGACAAUGAAAAAAACCCCACUGCAGUCUAUGCAAAACAUGUCAUUUUCAUGCAUAUAUUUCACAAGAGACCUUUAAAGUCAUUGAAAUGUUUUUAAUUUAGUGUCUGAUUGAGUGUGGGAACACAUUGUUGCAGAAAUAGAUGCUGUGCAACCUGUGGCCCCGACAGAAGUACACACUCCACUUUUGUUGUUGCUGUGGUUUCAUUUUCUCAGACCUUUGUGCAUCAUAUGUUGGUUCCAAACUAAUGGCCUUAGUCCCUGGUUGUCUGUGUAUUAUGAUCUUUUGUGCCAUAAAAUAAAGAUAUUUGUAC